UAUAUUUGCAUAUGCAUUAAAGCCGAUUCAAAAGCAAAACGAGGGAGAUUUUGCUCACAUCUUUCACAUACCUUUGAAACUGACUUGGUGACAUCACAUUUAUUUUGCUGACCAAUAGAUUCGAAGGCUGAUUUAUUGAAAAGUAUAAUGUUUAGGCAAUAUUCACUUUCUACAACGGUAGUACAUUCAAAUCCAAAGCAGUAUUUAACUCCAUGAGCAACAGGUGUCAUAUGUCUUACAUAUGUCCACCCAAGAACUCGUAUUAUUCCACAAUCAACACCAAACCAGACAUGUGCACAAAGCCAGUGACGAAACACUUGAUUGUCCUACAAUACUGUCUCACGGCAGGUACACACAUGAACAUUAAGACUGCCAACUUUUCUAUAAUUCCUAUGCUUUACUUAACGUUAUCUCGACACUUAUCCCAUGAAGGGGGAGGGCAUCGCGGAGAGGUUGACAUUCUGCUGCCCGGUGUGUAGCCUCCCGUAGAGUCAGACACGUUCAGAGGGACUCUGGUACUCCUUCUACGGCCUUCUUACCUCCGGGUCUCCCUUUGGUCCUUACACCUGAGUACCUGUUGGCGUAGGUUCUUAAGUUUGAAAGCAUCGAUCUAAAACUACUCAAGGACCUCGCCAUGAAUCAUAACGUCUUUAAGUGCCUCAAGGACAUUCUUAUCUCUUGAGGCAGAAAACCUUUCCCGACAUCAUUUGUCUCAAACUGUAGAUGUCACAGCGCCUCCGAGGAAAUGAAUGCGCCAGACAUUGUUCGCCUCACAGACGAAGAAAGAAAAAUCUAUAAGGCUCCAUCCAUAUUCAAGGCGUGAGAGCAAGCCAUCCUCAGAGCUGCCUGGCCAUGGUGUCCCUCUUUUGCUUUUCAAAUUAGGUUGAUAGGCAUGCAAUGGAUAUUGGUCCUUUUGAGAUACCCAGUCCCAUUUCAGGGAAAACACAAUGCUCACUGACACCUCAGCUAACUGGGAACGCCAGCCGGGAGAGAUAUCAAUGCCACCACUACAGUGCUUUGCAGAAGGUAUACUAAGGACAUGGUUUUGGCAUGCGUAGCAUGUAACGGAAUAUACGUAUGUACGGAACAUGUCACUUUAUCUCAAAACGUAAUUCCAUGCAAGAAGAUAUGACAGUUUCAUCUCAACCCGCGUUGUAAAUAAGUGGGUACAGGCUCCGUGGGCUAGCCGGGGCACAUUUAUCGUUGUUAAGUAUGGACACUUUGUCUACGGAGGUUCGCAGAAAGGACCUCUCAGGCCGAUAUGGUUCAAUUUAGAAUGAUGAAUGCCUGAAGUUUUAUCUUUAACAGUCAGAAACUUUUCUGCAAUGGCUGAGGGGGCAAAGUACGGAAGGAAACUGCAAAGUUGGGAACGUAAUGGCAAUGCCAAUUUUCCUUCACCCGAAUAUGCAUGAAAAAGCUCUGGGCAGGGUAACCUCACAACAACACGUCAUGCUUCUCGCCGCUAAUCCAGGGAGGUCACCAGUAGAAAUGUCCUAAUUUGGGGAGCGUACUGGAAGGACAUCAAUCAAAUAUCCACUAGAGAAAUACAGUUUUCCCACGAUAAAAAGGUGGUCGAUAAAGUGGGCGACAGAUAUGAUUAGAUCAGGAUACCUUUCGAUGAUGAUUGCAAACUGUGAUUCAGGUCCAUUUUGAAUAGGAAAUCAGGAAAAUCGGAAAGUCUAAUAUGGACGAUAGAUAACUAUCGACCAGCAGUCUACGUGUGAUCAAUAAGAAUUAGAACUAAAGGCCGCAGUAACAAAUCAUUGUUUUACAUGCUUGUAAUUGUGAUGCCCCUAGAGAGUAGUUGAUUACUGCAAGGUGGUAUCGUGACACAAUUACUUUACAUUUUCGUAAAGUUACUGCAUAUACAAAGCCUGGUGCAGACAUAUGUAGAAACUGUAGUCUGUUGUGGUGCAUGGGAUGUACCAAUUGGCUAUGGCAUCCUGGCGCUUUAAUCAUGAAAGCAGUGUGUGAAUCGAGCUUUGAUGAUGUGGCAUUCUGAUGUCUCUUGUGGUGGAUCUGUGCAUUCAAAUAGGAAAAUUGUCGUUUGAAAUGGGUAGCAAUUUAGUUGACAGAGAUUUCUACUGAAUGUUAAACGGUAAGGUAAGUACCAAGAAAGGAACCAUUUGCAUUUUUCACUUACAUGUCUUAUCUACAGCAACGGUUGCGUCUCGGUCUAUGAAUGAUUGGUCAAAGACCAAUCGACUCACGAACACAUGUGUCUGUCUGACAUUGUCAAAUCAUUAUCAUUCUUGGCGCCAUCCUUUACUCACGUCCCUCAGAUUUGUUUCAAUUACCAGUAGACUCGUUGCUGUUGAUGAGAUUUCAUGCCGCCGCUUGAUGUUAUUACUUAGCAACCAGCUUUUUCGAGAACAGAAGCCCGAAGUUGAGUGCGAUCGCAGCGCUUCAAAGCAAAAAUGGAAGGUUAAUCAAAUCUGUUGAGGAUGAUCACGAUGAAAUGCUGGUGGACGCAAUAGAGAUAUGAUCUGCAACUUCCUUGGUGUCCUUAAUUCUUUGCGUUUGCCUCAAUUAAUCCUAGAUUGAAUAACGCGUGCCAUCCAUACAGAAUUACGCUCUUGUCUCCAACUCCGUGACCCCUGGAAUAGAUUCGAGGAGGCGCAGCGCUAUUAAGCCAGCGCUGACUGGGCGGGUGCUAAUUCCUUGUCAGGCGUAGAAUUCAUCAAGUUCAUAUCGAUUUUGACUUGUGGCUGCUACUGCCUACCAGGGACUACCCGUCUCGCUGGUCGCAGUUUGGCUGCCGAAUGGUACGGGGCGCACAUCGGACAAGAACAGUGGAGCGUGAACGUCCGGCAAAGCCAAGAGUGCAUCUAGAUGUGUAAAGACUUUUCCGCGAAUCCGGCUCAGUUUCCGUAGACCUGGCAUCAAGCUCUGAUGACGGGACGGGUAAUAGGAGUGGAGGAAUGUACAUGAUUCAACCUAGAUCUGAUGAGCCGUAAGCGCCGGAACGAGCAGAAGACGAGCACCUACCGACCACGUGACCGUUUGAUAUCUCUUGGGUGCCAGGCUAUAACGAGGUGAUCGUUAACCAGGGAUCUCUAAAUUAUUAACCACUUACAGUUUACACCGAACUAGGCAUAACCAAGCCCGUCUCAGGGAGACCAUUCAAACCUUGCCGUAAACGGAUUUUAUAGGCUUCACACGGACCAGAGCCCGUUGAUUGGGUACUUCCCGCACACACACGAGAUGAGGCUGGGUUAAGAAGUCGCGAAACUUGUGGGCUAUAAAACCUACCUGGUGUCUCAGCAAGGGGCCGAUGUAUUGUGAGGUAUCUGCCCUGGCAAGGUUUUCGACGAACUGAACUCAGUGAAGAUUUGAUAUGCGCGGCGGUGGUCAAUAGCACUCAGGGGAGGGAACGAUAUCACCCACGGAGCCACCAUAAUAGUUUCACACACAGGAGAUGCUGGUGAUCGGGCCUGGACUGAAUUCUUCUGCAUACAUUUGAACGGUCUGGAAUCAGGUUGAAGAAGACCAAUCACAGCUUGAGAUGGCUAAACCUGUUUGUCACCAACAAGCUCAAUAUCAUCGGUUGGCUCGACUAUUGGCUCAAAUGGAUUUUUCAUCGUGAGGGAAAUGGGGUCACAGACUUCAUCUUAUAUUGGAAAACAGGCCAGGAUUGGGACCCAAGCCACCUUCAAUGAAUCUUUUCUAAUUUCUUUCACUGACAGCAGACUUUAGAAGCAGAUCGAUUUUUAUGCUUCAAGACACGAUGAAACACGACUGCAAGCGGCUUCCAACACACGAACAGAAUGCAAGUUAGAUGAUGUUUGUCGUUGUGCCGCCAUAUUCUAAUCCCAAACGACUGUGCAAAGAGAGCGUUUUGCGUAGCAGCAUCUCGUGUGAUAUUAACCGUCCCGUGAUUGCCGACAUCAUCUUUACCCAAUACAAAGGGAUUGUACGGUAAGAAAUAAUCGAAGUCUUGCCAAUGGAUCUUACAUCAUAUCAGCUACCAGCACGAUCGAAUGUCAAGUCUGCUGCAUAAUGGAUUUCCUUAGAGCGGGCUGGGGACGCUAUCCCAGACUUCAUUUCCAGGAGUGAAAUGGAAUGGGCGGCUAGUGGUAAAUCUACCCCCAUUCUCCUCGGCACCCAGCCUUGCAUGAUCGGUUGCAGAGGGUUGAGCAAAGGGCUACCUGUUAAUUGGUUUUCCCUGGUUCUGCUUGGAAGGAAUGAGGUGUAGUCCCGACCUCGCCCACUGGUGACCGGGGCAGGAAACAGAGAGGGAGAAGGACAGAAGGGUCUACCAGCGCGAUUCAUGUCAUUCAAAGGGUGCACCAACAUCCCACCAGCGGGCUACCAUCCGGAUGAGUAAGUGCUACGGACAGGAAGUUCAAGAUGACGAUUAAGAAUCAACGCUGUGGAGAUGUUCGAAAGGACCAUUACUGACUUUGUUCAAAUAGCCAAGACGAUUUAAAACGAAGAACAUAAACGCAGUAACGACCACGAGAAGCACCUCCAACAUAUCAUCUAGCUUGGUUGUGUUAUUGGAAAACCUAUUUCUACUCCAAUUAAACGACCAAAGGAUUUUUCACCCACUCUGUGGAUGAUGCAUCUGAGAGAAUGCGUCCAUACCUUUGGUGUUUAUGAUCACACUGAUGACUCUGUAAAGUAUUCAGACUACGAUGCUGUAUUGUCCUUAUAAGAAUGAGGUGGCUUGACCCUGAAUAGAUCCUGUGAAACUUUCAUUCUGAGGCGACGAUUUAAACGUCCCCUGGGCUUAUUUUUAAGUGGAGAAAUCAAUAGACUUACCGAAAAAGGAGUGCAUCGAUAUACCGAUAGGACGAGCCUGAUUGCAGGAUCUCCGUGUCAAAUGGAUUCUUCGCGGUUUUAUGACUAGAAUGGGGACAUGCCGUGUUUAAUUGGCACAUGGAAAAUUUGUUGGACAGCCUUGGCACAGGGGGAUGCAACACAGACUUCCAGUGUUAUCAGCCAAGUUCCGCUGUGGCAGACAUUUUCGGUUCUGCUUUGCGCGAUCGGCUGAAAAGCACCUGGCACUAAUUACAAAUGAACACCGAAACAGUGAUAGAAAAAGUAUUCUCUCAUAGAAACUUGAGGCAGCUGAACUAGUAUCAUCCAGCUGUUCUAUGCGGUGAUUCCUUGUGUUUACAAAUAUUAUCAGGACAGUCUGACAAGUAUGGCCGCACUAGAACCGGUCUUCCUGGAACUCCUGGUUGUUGCCGUGUUUGGCUGCUUUGUUCCGAUGAUGUGUGUCACGUGUCCUAAGCAGUGUGACUGCGGACAGUCAUUCACUCAAAUCAACUGCAGUAGCAGAGGAAUAACGGACGUACCAAGAGGAAUCUACGAGAACACUUCGGAACUACUCCUGAAGGCAAACGCCAUCGAGUCCCUCAAAAGAGACCAGUUUCUCAGAUUGCGACAGCUCGAACGUUUGGACCUCAGCGAAAACGCAAUCAUGACCAUCCAAGAAGGAGCAUUUAAUGGGUUGUAUCGAUUACAGAUACUCAAUUUGCGCAGAAAUCGCCUGAGAAGUCUACAAGGGGGCAUGUUCAGGUAUCUUACCAACCUACGGGAGUUGAGACUACAAGGAAAUCCGAUUAUCUGCCUGGAGGCCUACACCUUCUCCCAUUUGCCCUCGCUCAGAAAACUGGACUUGCGGGAAUUGCGCCAACUCAAAGCGAUAUCCAGGAAUGCAUUCAAUGGAUUGACUGCUCUGGUAUCUCUUACCAUGUCAGAUUCGAACUUACGCCGCUUGCCUUAUUUACAACAUGUGACUAGUCUUCAGGAUCUGGAUGUGUCAAGGAACUCAAUAUCUGUCCUGAAUGCAAAUAAUCUUCAGGGUCUUGUAAAGUUAACGAAACUAGUAUUGUCCUAUAACCAUUUAUCCUCUGUGGAGCAGGACUCAUUUGACGACCUUUUCAGUUUGUCAGAGUUAGAUCUGUCUUACAAUAACAUUACCAGCUUGCCAUUCCGGCUCUUUAGAGAUACCUCUUUGGUAAAAGUAUCCCUCCAGCGGAAUCCGUGGAACUGUACUUGCGUUGUUCAUUGGUUAGCAAGAUGGCUACAACAACAUGUGCGCAACGACACGAGUUUGCUCCAGUUACAGCGAUGCGGUGGUUGCUUUUCCCCGGUCGACUUGCGCGGCAGACUUCUCUGUGACGUGCCAUUGUCGAGCUUAAAAUGCAAGAGGCCACACAUCCAAAAGGUUCACCCGACAGUCAACGCCACUCUGGGAGGCAAUGCAGCAUUGCAGUGUGAACUUUCACCGGGUGUAGAGACGGCUAUCAGCUGGAUAACACCGGAUGGUAGUAAAGCAAAACGAAGUUCUUUCAGAGGCGGACGAGUUAAAGUCAUCAAUGAUGGUACCCUCAACAUUUCUAGGGUAACGAUGUCCGACGCGGGAGUGUACCGCUGUAUGGCCACGAAUGACGCUGGCUUUGACAACUUCUACAAAAUUCUGAACGUCACGGGUAGCAUUCUCCCGGAGUUCGCCGCCACGCAAGUUCCUAUCAAUCUAGAUGACAUUCCAGAGGUCGAUGAUUUCGACCCUAGCUACUGCACAAAUCUGCGUGACGAGGACGUCUUUCUUUUGAAUAGAACACAGUAUACACAGAGAGACGUAAACCUGGAGCCAGACGACCGCCGUGUGAAUCCAACGGUUGAUGCUACAAAGAUUCCUCCAAUGGACUCACCUACACAAAAAGAUCAGGAUCAGGAUACUUUUAUGACGCUGUACAAAGGCUAUCUCAUCGCGGCUCUCGUCGCAGCUGUUUCUCUAGGAACCCUGUUGUGGAUUUUGGUCUGUGCGGUUAUGAAAUGUUCCAAGGAAAGAAACAGAGACGAUCGAAAGAAUAAGAGAUUAGCCAAGUUAAAGAAGGAGGAAGCAUCAGAGUCACGAUUUAACGUGUCUUGUGUUAAGAGUAUAGAUCCUGAGGAGACUGUAGAAAUACCCGAUGUGUAUACUGUAAGUAAACUGACAGGCAUUUUCGAAGAUAUGACUGUAAAUCCUGCCACUGAAACAAUAGUCUAAGCUGUAUAAAUGCAUUUAACAUAUUGGUAGGGAACCAAAUACGUAUUGUUGUUGUUCUUCGUACGUACGUAAAUACAUCAGAUACUAUAUGCCAGUGCACUUUUUUUCUAGAUAAAAGGAAUUUGCCAAGAAACCACUUUUCAGGACGAAACUGCAGCAACAGUGGGGAAUCGCAAUUGCAGUGGAUUUCAUUUGCUUAGACGUUAGCUACUUUGGAAACAAAACUUUUCUAUUCAGUAUUUUUUUCAACUCUGAAUAAUUGAUCUCCUGUCCCCUAUUAUUUUCUAAUGAUUAUUAUAAGACUACGUCAAGGAUCAUUUGUAGCACAUCACGUUUGUAAAAAAGUACAUUUUCCAUUUCAUAGGGGUUGAAGUUGUAGAUUAUUUGAAGUAAAAGAACCUGCUACAAGAAAGUCAUUCUGCCAAACGUGUCAUUGUAUCCUGUCAUUUAGGGACAUUCCUGAAACAUACAUUCCAACAGCUGGUGCCACGUGUCAUUUCCCCUCCGAAGAACCGUUAUCAAAAUAGUUACUAAACAAUAUACUGUCUAAUAUUAUAUAAAAUGCAAACUAUAUACUACGUAACAAUUUCAAAUAUUUUCCCAUUUCCUUCAGAAAGAAAAUCACUUAUACUUGAUAGUAUUACAUACUCAGCAACAAUUUUAUCAAGGCGCUUGGUGCAGAUAAAGAAUUUACCUCUACAGAGAAUAACAAUUUGCCUAUAUAAGGUUUUGAAUAUAUUUGUAAAUAAAAGUUUGGUUAAUGCUGGAUUAUGUUGU